GGCUGUGCUGGUGCACCACCAGGCUGCAUUACUUUAGUUUCGGUUUCUCAUUUAACUAGCCUACUAUCGAAAUCGCCGUAAGGCAGCUUUGUAUCGAAUUAGAUCAUACGAAGAUAGACUUUUAAUGCAGUCGACUGACAUGAGUUUGUCUGAGUUAACCAUCAACGGAGAAAGGAAAGGAGCAGUGGUGUGCCUGUUCAAUUUACUCUUGAGAUUAGCUCAAAUCCUCCGUGGAUAUUUACAAAAUGUGGCAGCGUUUGUCUACACAAAGGGGAAAGAAGCAGCAGUGUGCCUGUUCCAUUUACUCUUGAGAUUAGCUCAAAUCCUCCGUGUUGAUGGAUAUUUACAAAAUGUGAUUCUAGUGAUAUCUUGGCUGGCUGGCUACAUUCGUCUGCAGCAGACUCCAGUGGUGCGGGUGUUCGUCCUUGUCCUUGGCAACACGCUGGGUUGCCAUGAAAGAUUCCUGGAGCUGCUUAGCCCUCAUGUGACCCUGGUGAGGGGGCACUCCCCUGAGGACAGUGAUGUCAUCCUGGCUUUCUGUCCCAUUGUCUCCCGAGUCGGAACCGAUAUCGGAGCGGCGCUCAACAAAAUUCCAGAAUACAAACCAGCCGUCCUAGUGGUGUUCCACCAUACCUUUGACAAAGACUAUGUUAUCCCAAACACUGGCCGGUUUACUACGGAGAGGAGGAUUCCGACGGUGGACUGCCUGUUCAGUGACAGUGGCCUCCUAGCCACUCCUCAACAUGAUAAGGCCGUUGAAGACAUGCUCACCCACCUGAAACCGUUUCAGGGUAGCAAGAGGGGACGACACGUGUAACCUCAGAGGACAACCAAUCCCAACUGGGGCCAGAGCCGAUUCUAGGGUAAGCUGGGGCCCCAAGCGAAAAAUUCAAAAGAAUGAACAUUCACAACAAAUUGCCACUACUGUAGUUUGAAGUCUUAGCUAUUAUUCACCAUUCACAGGCUUGGGGGGCCCAAGCAGCAGCCUGCCUAGCCUGAUGACAAGAUGCUCCUCUGACUGGGACAACUGAGACGCGCCAAUCCUGCUAAGAGAGAAUAGAUAUUUAAAGUUAAAAAAAUAUCAUCACAUUUGAUUAUUUUCACGUUUAUGUGGUUACUGCACCUGAAAACUCAACAUCAAGAUAUAUGGGAUGCAUAAUAUAUGUCAAAAAUAAAGGAGUUUUGAGUUUUCUUUAGAGUAAAUUAUGUUCAAAAUGUAUCAUCGACAUGUUUUCUUCAUGUGUUUUUGCAAGUGUUAAUGCACUAAUAUGUGUACAGUGCACGCAUAUACUAUGUAUUAUUUACUCAACCCAAAAGGGCCUAUGCUACUCCUUUGAUAAUCUUGUAUGCAAAAAGUAAGAAGUUAUGGCUGUCUGCUACAGCCUUUGUAUGUGUAAUGUUUUUUUUUUUAAUGUCCUUUUACAUUACAUAGCCUUAACAGUAAGCCAGAUACAGUAAAUGUUUUAAAUCCACACAACAAAUAAUAAAAUUUGACAUU